AUGAGACUGCUGACCAUGGUGAAGGUGAACGAGGCAAACUAUGCAAGAGGCACCAGACUCCCUCUUUCUGGUGAAGGACCAACUUCUCAGCCGAAUAGCUCCAAGCAAACUGUCCUGUCUUGGCAAGCUGCAAUCGAUGCUGCUAGACAGGCCAAGGCUGCCCAAACUAUGAGCACCUCCGCACCCCCACCUGUAGGAUCUCUCUCCCAAAGAAAACGUCAGCAAUACGCCAAGAGCAAAAAACAGGGUAACUCGUCCAACAGCCGACCUGCCCGUGCCCUUUUCUGUUUAUCACUCAAUAACCCCAUCCGAAGAGCCUGCAUUAGUAUAGUGGAAUGGAAACCAUUUGACAUAUUUAUAUUAUUGGCUAUUUUUGCCAAUUGUGUGGCCUUAGCUAUUUACAUCCCAUUCCCUGAAGAUGAUUCUAAUUCAACAAAUCAUAACUUGGAAAAAGUAGAAUAUGCCUUCCUGAUUAUUUUUACAGUCGAGACAUUUUUGAAGAUUAUAGCAUAUGGAUUAUUGCUACAUCCUAAUGCUUAUGUUAGGAAUGGAUGGAAUUUACUGGAUUUUGUUAUAGUAAUAGUAGGAUUGUUUAGUGUAAUUCUGGAACAAUUAACCAAAGAAACAGAAGGCGGUAACCACUCCAGUGGCAAGUCAGGAGGCUUCGAUGUCAAAGCCCUCCGAGCCUUUCGAGUGUUACGACCACUUCGACUAGUGUCAGGAGUACCCAGUUUACAAGUUGUCCUGAACUCCAUUAUAAAAGCCAUGGUUCCCCUCCUUCACAUAGCCCUUUUGGUAUUAUUUGUAAUCAUAAUCUAUGCUAUUAUAGGAUUGGAACUUUUUAUUGGAAAAAUGCACAAAACAUGUUUUUUUGCUGACUCAGAUGUCAUAGCUGAAGAGGACCCAGCGCCGUGUGCGUUCUCAGGGAAUGGACGCCAGUGUGCCGCCAAUGGCACGGAGUGUAGGAGUGGCUGGGUUGGCCCAAAUGGGGGCAUCACCAACUUCGAUAACUUUGCCUUCGCCAUGCUCACCGUGUUUCAGUGCAUCACCAUGGAGGGCUGGACAGAUGUGCUCUACUGGAUGAAUGAUGCUAUGGGAUUUGAAUUGCCCUGGGUGUAUUUUGUCAGUCUCGUCAUCUUUGGGUCAUUUUUCGUACUAAAUCUUGUACUUGGUGUAUUGAGCGGAGAAUUCUCAAAGGAAAGAGAGAAGGCUAAAGCCCGGGGAGAUUUCCAGAAGCUCCGGGAGAAGCAGCAGCUAGAGGAGGAUCUAAAGGGCUACUUGGAUUGGAUCACCCAAGCAGAGGACAUCGAUCCUGAGAACGAGGAAGAAGGAGGAGAGGAAAGCAAACGCAACACCAGCAUGCCGACCAGCGAGACAGAGUCUGUGAACACGGAGAACGUAAGUGGUGGAGGCGAGAACCAAGGCGGCUGUGGGAGUCUCUGGUGCUGGUGGAAGCGAAGAGGCACGGCCAAGGCUGGGCCCUCUGGGUGUCGGCGGUGGGGUCAAGCCAUCUCAAAAUCCAAGCUCAGCCGCCGCUGGCGCCGCUGGAACCGAUUCAAUCGCAGGAGAUGUAGGGCUGCUGUGAAGUCUGUCACAUUUUACUGGCUGGUUAUUGUCCUGGUGUUUCUCAACACCUUAACCAUUUCCUCCGAGCACUACAACCAGCCUGAUUGGUUGACGCAGAUUCAAGAUAUCGCUAACAAAGUCCUCCUGGCUCUGUUCACCUGCGAGAUGCUGGUAAAAAUGUACAGCUUGGGUCUCCAGGCGUAUUUCGUCUCUCUUUUUAAUCGGUUUGACUGCUUCGUGGUAUGUGGUGGAAUUACUGAAACCAUCCUGGUGGAGCUGGAAAUCAUGUCUCCCCUGGGGAUCUCUGUGUUUCGGUGUGUGCGCCUCUUAAGGAUUUUCAAGGUGACCAGGCACUGGACUUCCCUCAGCAACUUGGUGGCCUCCUUGUUAAACUCCAUGAAGUCCAUUGCUUCACUGUUGCUUCUGCUUUUUCUCUUCAUCAUCAUCUUUUCCUUGCUUGGGAUGCAGCUGUUUGGUGGCAAGUUUAAUUUUGACGAAACGCAGACCAAGCGGAGCACCUUUGACAAUUUCCCUCAAGCCCUCCUGACGGUAUUCCAGAUUCUGACAGGUGAAGAUUGGAACGCUGUGAUGUAUGAUGGCAUCAUGGCCUAUGGCGGCCCGUCGUCCUCGGGAAUGAUCGUCUGCAUCUACUUCAUCAUCCUCUUCAUUUGUGGUAACUAUAUCCUACUGAAUGUCUUCUUGGCCAUCGCUGUAGACAAUCUGGCUGAUGCUGAAAGUUUGAAUACUGCCCAGAAAGAGGAAGCUGAAGAGAAGGAAAGGAAGAAGAUUGCCAGAAAAGAGAGCCUGGAGAAUAAAAAGAACAACAAACCAGAGGUCAACCAGAUAGCCAACAGUGACAAUAAGGUUACAAUUGAUGACUAUCGAGAAGAGGAUGAAGACAAGGACCCCUACCCACCUUGUGAUGUGCCAGUAGGGGAAGAGGAAGAGGAGGAGGAAGAGGAUGAACCCGAGGUUCCAGCUGGCCCCCGUCCUCGUAGAAUCUCAGAGUUGAACAUGAAGGAGAAAAUCGCCCCCAUCCCUGAAGGGAGUGCAUUCUUCAUUCUGAGCAAGACCAACCCGAUCCGCGUGGGCUGCCACAAGCUCAUCAACCAUCACAUCUUCACCAACCUCAUCCUCGUCUUCAUCAUGCUGAGUAGCGCCGCCCUUGCCGCCGAGGACCCCAUCCGCAGCCACUCCUUCCGGAACACUAUACUGGGUUACUUUGACUAUGCUUUCACAGCCAUCUUUACUGUUGAAAUCCUGUUAAAGAUGGCGACUUUUGGAGCUUUCCUCCACAAAGGGGCUUUCUGCAGGAACUACUUCAAUCUACUGGAUAUGCUGGUUGUCGGGGUAUCCCUGGUAUCAUUCGGGAUCCAAUCCAGUGCCAUCUCCGUUGUGAAGAUUCUGAGGGUCUUAAGGGUCCUGAGGCCGCUCAGGGCGAUCAACAGAGCAAAAGGACUCAAGCACGUGGUCCAGUGCGUCUUCGUGGCCAUCCGGACCAUCGGCAACAUCAUGAUCGUCACCACCCUUCUCCAGUUCAUGUUCGCCUGCAUCGGGGUCCAGUUGUUCAAGGGGAAGUUCUAUCGCUGCACGGACGAAGCCAAAAGUAACCCCGAAGAGUGCAGGGGGCUUUUCAUCCUCUACAAGGAUGGGGACGUUGAUAACCCUGUGGUCCGUGAGAGGAUCUGGCAAAAUAGUGAUUUCAACUUUGACAACGUCCUUUCUGCUAUGAUGGCGCUGUUCACGGUCUCCACGUUUGAGGGCUGGCCUGCGUUGCUGUAUAAAGCCAUCGACUCCAAUGGAGAGAAUGUUGGCCCCAUCUACAACUACCGCGUGGAGAUCUCCAUCUUCUUCAUCAUCUACAUCAUCAUUGUGGCUUUCUUCAUGAUGAACAUCUUUGUGGGCUUCGUCAUCGUCACAUUUCAGGAGCAGGGAGAGAAAGAGUAUAAGAACUGUGAGCUGGACAAAAAUCAGCGUCAGUGUGUCGAAUACGCCUUGAAAGCACGUCCCUUGCGGAGAUACAUCCCCAAAAACCCCUACCAGUACAAGUUCUGGUACGUGGUGAACUCCUCGCCUUUCGAAUACAUGAUGUUUGUCCUCAUCAUGCUCAACACACUCUGCUUGGCCAUGCAGCACCACGAGCAGUCCAAGAUAUUUAAUGAUGCCAUGGACAUUCUGAACAUGGUCUUCACUGGGGUGUUCACCGUCGAGAUGGUUUUGAAAGUCAUUGCAUUUAAACCUAAGGGGUAUUUUAGUGACGCCUGGAACACGUUUGACUCCCUCAUCGUAAUCGGCAGCAUUAUAGACGUGGCCCUCAGCGAAGCCGACCACUAUUUCACUGAUGCAUGGAACACUUUUGAUGCCUUAAUUGUUGUUGGUAGCGUCGUUGAUAUUGCUAUAACUGAAGUGAAUCCAACUGAAAGUGACAAUGUCCCUGUCCCCACCGCUACACCCGGGAACUCUGAAGAGAGCAAUAGAAUCUCCAUCACCUUUUUCCGUCUUUUCCGAGUGAUGCGGUUGGUGAAGCUUCUCAGCAGGGGGGAAGGCAUCCGGACACUGCUGUGGACUUUUAUAAAGUCCUUUCAGGCACUGCCCUAUGUCGCCCUCCUCAUAGCCAUGCUAUUCUUCAUCUACGCGGUUAUUGGCAUGCAGAUGUUUGGGAAGGUUGCUAUGAGAGAUAACAACCAGAUCAACAGGAACAACAAUUUCCAGACCUUUCCCCAGGCAGUGCUGCUGCUCUUCAGGUGUGCCACAGGGGAAGCCUGGCAGGAGAUCAUGCUGGCCUGCCUCCCGGGGAAGCUCUGUGACCCCGAGUCGGAUUACAGCCCCGGGGAGGAGUACACGUGUGGAAGCAACUUCGCCAUUGUUUAUUUCAUCAGUUUUUACAUGCUCUGCGCAUUUCUGAUCAUCAACCUGUUUGUAGCUGUCAUCAUGGACAACUUUGAUUAUCUGACCCGGGACUGGUCUAUUCUGGGGCCUCACCAUUUGGAUGAAUUCAAAAGAAUAUGGUCAGAAUAUGACCCUGAGGCAAAGGGAAGGAUCAAGCACCUUGAUGUGGUCACUCUGCUCCGCAGAAUCCAGCCUCCCCUGGGGUUUGGGAAAUUAUGCCCACACAGAGUAGCCUGUAAGAGACUAGUUGCCAUGAACAUGCCUCUCAACAGCGAUGGGACAGUCAUGUUUAAUGCAACUCUGUUUGCUUUGGUUCGGACGGCUCUUAAAAUCAAGACGGAAGGGAACCUGGAACAAGCUAAUGAAGAGCUCCGAGCUGUGAUAAAGAAAAUCUGGAAGAAAACCAGCAUGAAACUGCUUGACCAAGUUGUCCCUCCAGCUGGUGAUGAUGAGGUAACCGUGGGGAAGUUCUAUGCCACUUUCCUGAUACAGGACUACUUUAGGAAAUUCAAGAAACGGAAAGAACAAGGCCUGGUGGGAAAAUACCCUGCGAAGAACACCACCAUUGCCCUACAGGCAGGAUUAAGGACACUGCAUGACAUUGGGCCAGAAAUCCGGCGUGCUAUAUCAUGUGAUUUGCAAGAUGACGAGCCGGAGGAAACAAAACGAGAAGAAGAAGAAGAUGUAUUCAAAAGAAAUGGUGCCCUGCUUGGAAACCAUGUCAAUCAUGUUAAUAGUGAUAGGAGAGAUUCCCUUCAGCAGACCAAUACCACCCACCGUCCCCUGCAUGUCCAAAGGCCUUCAAUUCCACCUGCAAGUGAUACUGAGAAACCGCUGUUUCCUCCAGCAGGAAAUUCGGUGUGUCAUAACCAUCAUAACCAUAAUUCCAUAGGAAAGCAAGCUCCCAGCUCAACAAAUGCCAAUCUCAAUAAUGCCAAUAUGUCCAAAGCUGCCCCUGGAAAGCGGCCCAGCAUUGGGAACCUUGAGCAUAUGUCUGAAAAUGGGCAUCACUCCUCCCACAAGCGUGACCGUGAGGCUCAAAGAAGGUCCAGUAUUAAAAGAACCCGCUAUUAUGAAACUUACAUUAGGUCUGACUCAGGAGAUGAGCAGUUCCCAACUAUUUGCCGGGAAGAUCCAGAGGUACACGGCUACUUCAGCGACCCCCGCUGCUUGGAGGAGCAGGAGUAUUUCAGUGGUGAGGAGGGCUCUGAGGAUGCCGGCUCACCGGCCGGGAGCAGGCAGAACUACAGCUACUACAAUAGAUACCCAGGCAGCAACUGGGACUUCGAGCGGCCUCGAGGCUACCAUCACCCCCAAGGCUUCUUGGAAGAUGACGACUCACCCAUUUGCUAUGACUCUCGGAGAUCUCCAAGGAGACGCCUACUACCUCCCACCCCAACAUCCCGCCGGAGAUCCUCCUUCAACUUCGAGUGUCUGCGCCGGCAGAGCAGCCAGGAAGAGGCCCCGCCGCCCCCCGCCUUCCCCCACCGCACAGCCCUGCCCCUGCACCUGAUGCAGCAGCAGGUCCUGAUAUCCGAAGGUUUAGGACGGUAUGCAAGGGACCCAAAAUUUGUAUCGGCCACAAAACACGAAAUCGCCGAUGCCUGUGACCUAACCAUCGACGAGAUGGAGAGUGCAGCCAGCAACCUGCUCAACGGGACUGUACAUCCCCGGGCCAACGGGGGUGUGGGCCCCGUGUCACACCGGCAGGACUAUGAGCUCCAGGACUUCGGGCCAGGCUACAGCGAUGAAGAGCCCGACCCUGGAAGGGAUGAGGAGGACCUGGCAGAUGAAAUGAUAUGCAUCACCACCCUGUAG